AUGGACGAACCCGUUUUUCCCGAGACCGGAAACCAGGCCGAACUGGGUCCGCCAUUUUGUAAGAUUGCAAAAACUGACCCUGCCUCCAAAGUAGCAAAGAAGACUCCCCGACGUCCAACCCCGCAGGAGAAAACUUCCCUCAAGGAAUCGCCAAAGAAAGUCCGCCAAAAGUUCGGCCGGCGUCUCAUCGACACGUCCGCCCCCAAUCGAAAGAUGUACGAAGGGUAUGAAAUCGCCGUGGAGAGUGGAAACUACACCUGCCUCGCGUGCGGUUUUGUGGCGAAAUCGCAACCACGUAAAAAUUACAACAGCAAGGACAUUAUCAAAUUGCACGUCAAAUCGCAACAUUUCAACGCCUUUCGAUGUGAACCCUGCGAAAAGAACUACACUUCCAAAUACAUUUUGCAAAAACACAUUAAAAAGAUGCAUUCCCUGGGCCGGCUGCCAACCCACGUUUGCACCCUCUGCGGAAAAAUCGUGUCCAACAUCUUCGCGCACUUAUGGGGGCACAAAUCUCCCCUCGAAAAAGAGGCCGCCAUCCAGUCCGGGGCAGGCUUCUUACCCUGCGACAAGUGCGGCAAAGAGUUUUCGGGGCAGGACCGACUCGCCGCGCACCUCACUCAAGGCAACCGCUGCAAAGGGAACAAAGACUACGCAGAAUCGGACACUUCAAACCCUUCCUACCGAAAAAUUCCGUGUCGCAUCUGUGCCAGACCGGUCACCGUUUACGGUCACGCUCAGCACGAAUGGACGCACAAGAACGAGGCCGAAAAAGAGGAAAGCAUUCGACUCGGGACGUCGCCAAAGGUUCGCUGUGAGAUUUGCAAGAUCCACGUGUUCCACAACGCGUACAAGGCCCACUUCGAAACGCAUAAGAAGCCCGAGGAGAAGACCAAAUUCCACUGCGAGUGGGACGGGUGUGGACGCAAGUUUGGGAGAAAAGUUUAUCUAAACCUGCACAUGAAAACGAUGCAUCAGACCUCUGAAUCUGAUCUUCCUUCCGGUGAAAAUUGUAGCGCCGGACUGCGCUGUCCUGAUCCGUCCUGUUCCUCGCUCCGUUUUACGUCCCAACCUAACCUGAAGUCGCACAUUGCUCGUUGGAUUUUUUUUUCAAUCUAA